GAUAGUGUAAAAGCAAGGGUGCGUAGUCAUGGGAACUUAUGGCAAUGAGAUUUUCCCUUUGCUUCUCCUACCAUUGGCCUAUUUGCUCUUCAGUCGCACCGAAGGUUAUCUGAGCAGGGAAAGUUUUCCGCCUAAUUUCAUUUUUGGAACCUCGUCGAGUGCUUAUCAGUAUGAAGGAGCAGCCAAUGGCAGAGGACCCCACAUCUGGGAUACAUUCACGGCAACACAGCCUGAAAAAAUUUUGGACCACACUACUGGUGCUAUUGGCGCAGGCUUUUAUUAUCAUUAUAAGGAAGACAUAGAUUUGUUGAAAGAAAUUGGUUUUGACUCAUUUAGGUUCUCCAUCUCGUGGACAAGGAUACUACCAAGAGGGAAAAUAAGUGGAGGAGUGAACAAGGAGGGAGUACAAUUCUAUAACAACCUCAUAGAUGAGCUGCUAUCUAAGGGUUUAACACUUUUUGUGACUUUGUUCCAUUGGGAUUGUCCACAAGUCCUUGAAGAUGAAUACGGGGGAUUCUUGAGCCCCAAUAUUGUGAAUGACUAUCGAGACUACGUGAACUUUUGCUUCAAAGAAUUUGGUGACAGAGUGAAGAACUGGAUUACUUUCAAUGAACCAAAUAUUUUUGCUAGUUAUGGAUAUGAUCUUGGUCUACACGCACCGGGACGAUGUUCGAAAUAUGCCGGAAAUUGCAUGGCGGGGAACUCUGCAAUUGAACCUUACGUGGUACUUCACCACAUUCUUCUUGCUCAUGCAACGGCUGUUAAAUUGUACAGGGAGAAAUACCAGGUGCCUCAAAAUGGGAAAAUUGGGAUAAAUAUAGAAAGUCAGUGGUAUGUUCCAAAAUUCGACACACCUAAUAGCUACAAAGCUGCCUCUACAGCUCUUGAUUUUAUGCUUGGAUGGACUUUGAAUCCAAUCAUACAUGGAGAUUACCCAAGAACCAUGAGAUCCUUGGUAAAGAGUAGAUUGCCGAAAUUUACCGAAGACGAAUCCAAACUCUUAAAGGGGUCUCUUGAUUUUAUUGGUUUGAGUUACUAUACUGCAUUUUAUGCUGAAGAAUCUACUACUAAGUCAAGUGGCACCAAUUUGAGUUACACAUCAGAUAGCCAUGUUGUCCUUACAGCUGAGAAAGAUGGCGUUCCUAUUGGACAACUGACUCCGAUUAAAUGGCUCAAUGUCUAUCCAAAGGGACUUAAAGAUUUGGUCCUAUACAUAAAAAGAAAAUACAACGAUCCCCCCAUUUACAUAACUGAGAAUGGAGUUGGCAUAUAUUCUGGCGCAACACUUGAAGAUGCCUUGAAUGAUAGCUCAAGGAUAAGCUACCACCGUGAUCAUCUAUCAUAUCUCUUAAAGGCUAUCAAGGCUGGAGCAAACGUGAAAGGAUACUAUGCUUGGUCAUUGCUGGAUAACUUUGAAUGGGAAUCUGGUUAUGCUAUCCGAUUUGGCAUGACUUAUGUUGAUUUCAAAAACAAGUUGCAAAGACACAUGAAAAAUUCCGCCUUCUGGUUCAAGAAGUUCCUUAAAAAGGAUGCUACAGUCUUCAUUGAAUAGUAUAUCCUUUAUUGCAUUAAGGAGUUCUUUUUUCUUAAUGUGAAGUGAGGGAGUUUGAACUCAAGAUCUUAAUAUUAGAUGUCGGUGAAUAAAUAUGAUUUGAUUGAUUAACUUAGAGUUGUGCAUGGUUCGGUCGUAACUGUCAUUCUGAAUCAGUUUGGCGGUUUUUAACCUGUCGGUUUAGUUCCACAUCAACACAUUCUAUAAACGGUUUGA